UUGUAACAUUCAUCAUCUCCCAUUGGCUAAAACAUACCUAAGGUACCACUCAUGUAUGAAAAGCUGAUCAUUACAAAGCUUGGAAGCUGAUUGGUAUAUAGUUCAUUGGCUUCUUAAACAGGCUUCUGGACUUUUCCUGCUUAGUCUGUACAAGCAAUUUUUCUAUUCAAUUUUCUUCAAGUAAAACUGAGUUUACAGCUACUUGGUAUAAAUUUAGGAGAAAUUUCAUCUUUGUUCCCCUCCAACUCUCCUUAAAUCCUAGUAUAACUAAGCCACAACAUUCAGUGUUGUUAUUUUGCCCAAGAUCCUCAGCAACUGGUAAAGGGGAAUCAAAGUUGACAGUUUUUGAGAAUCAAAUUUCAGUCUGGUUCCACCAGUAGUCUUUAUGGAUGAUGCUCUACUCCGAGCACCUCCAGGUGCCAGGACCAGAUUCAGAUUUGACUGUGGCACCAUGUCAGCCCUUCCAAAUCACUAUCUUGUCAAUGGUUUUGAACUGAAUCAUGAAUAUGUAGAUCCUCAUCCACAUCAGCUUCCAACAAAUGCACACACUUCAAGCAGGGAUUCAGCAUCACAUUCAGGUUCAAGCCCUGAAGCAGAUUCCCUCGACAAUAGUGAUUUCUCCAAUUCUGUUCUCAAGUACAUAAGUGAUAUGCUUAUGGAAGAAGAAUUAGAGAGCAAGAACUGUAUGUUGCAUGAAGGUUUAGCCCUCCAAGCUGCAGAGAAAUCUUUCUAUGAUGUUCUUGGCCAGAAGUAUCCUCCUUGGUCGGAUCAAUCAUCCAACUUUCAUCAAAACAUUCACAGCCUAGGCAGCGCUUUCACUUGGAGUGCCAGUAGUGAUAGCAGCAACACUUGUUCUACUUCCAUCAACUUGGUUGAAUCAAGUUGGAUUUUUGACCACGCUGAAUUUGAAUUCUCUCAUGUAAAUACCCUCCAGGUGCCAGAUUUAUGCAGUCAGUCAUUUUCAAAUGCUAGUUCUUUGAUUCCAUCAGAUUUUCAAGAGAAGGAUAACACCAGGGAUUAUUACUCGUUUAAUGGUUUGAGGGAGAGGAAACUUCAUCAGUUUGAGGAAAGUGCCUAUCUAGAAGGGAGAAGCAACAAGCAUUCUGCAAUCUCUCUUGAAAAGCCUGAGGAAACAGAGAUAUUCGACGAGGUGUUGCUCGGUCAGACAGGAAAGAAUGAUUCUGGGUCAUUUUCUCUUCAAAAAAAUGAUGAAGGGAAGUUGAAGAACAAUGGGCAAACAAAAGGGUCUAUAGGUAGAAAAUGUCGCUCAAAGAAAAAAGGUAGUAAAAAGGAAGUGGUGGAUUUAUGGACUCUCCUGCCUCAAUGUGCGCUAGCUGUGGCUAGCGAUGACCAAAGGGCUGCACAGGAACAGCUAAGACAGGUAAAGCAAUAUUCUUCCCCUUAUGGUGAUGGAAACCAAAGAUUGGCACAUUUCUUUGCCAAUGGCUUGGAGGCACGAUUGGCUGGAACAGGGACGCCUGGAUAUACACCCGUGGUAAGUAGUACAACAUCAGCUGCUGAUAUGCUAAAAGCUUACCACACAUAUGUUACGGCAUGCCCUUUCCAGACAAUGUCAUACCUUUAUGCUAACCAGACUAUCAUGAAACUGGCAGAGAAAGUGACUAGGCUACACAUUAUUGAUUAUGGCAUUCUCUAUGGCUUUCAAUGGCCUUCCCUUAUUGAGCGUCUCUCAACAAGGACUGGAGGACCUCCAAAGUUGUGUAUCACAGGCAUUGAGUUUCCUCAACCGGGCUUCCGGCCUGCAGAAAGGGUUGAAGAAACAGGUCAUCGCUUAAGAAAAUACUGUGAGAGAUUCAAUGUCCCAUUUGAGUACAAUGCCAUAGCACAGAAAUGGGAAAGUAUCCAAUAUGAGGAUUUCAAGAUUGACAGAAAUGAGAUGGUUGUUGUUAAUUGUUUGUAUCGGUUAAAGAACCUCCCUGAUGACACAAUGGUAGCCAACAGUGUGAGAGAUAUUGUUCUGAAACAAAUGAGGAGAAUUAAUCCAGAUAUCUUCAUCCAUGGAGUAGUUAAUGGUACUUACAAUGCGCCCUUCUUCCUCACACGUUUUCGAGAUGCACUCUUCCACUUCUCAGCAUUGUUUGACAUGAUUGAUGCUACUAUACCUCGUGAAGAACCUGCGAGACUGAUGUUUGAGAAAGAAAUAUUUGGAAGGUAUGCAAUGAAUGUCAUAGCCUGUGAGGGUGGGGACAGAGUUGAAAGGCCAGAGACAUAUAGGCAGUGGCAAGUUCGAAAUGUUAAGGCUGGGUUCAGGCAGCUUCCAUUAGACCAGGAGAUCACGAAGCAAGUAACAGCUACUGUGGAAUCAAAUUACAAUAAGAACUUUGUUGUUGAUGAGGAUAGCCGGUGGAUGCUGCAGGGAUGGAAGGGGAGAAUAGUCUACGCACUUUCAGUUUGGAAACCUGUCCGUGAUUAACAUAAGAAACUCUGUUUAUUAACAUGUUAGAAUUAAUAGAUUAUGGGCUCCUAUUAGAAGUUUAGUUUCUCUUGUCUUAUCUAGUAUGUUAUUGUUAAUUAACUUCAGAUUUGUCAGUGUUUCUGAUUCA